AUGUCCUCCAGCGCCUCCUACGCAGACUGCGUCACCUCUCUUCGCUCCUCGCUGCAAUUUCUCGAGUCCUCCGUCCAGACACUCGACAAUGGAGUCUCCGACUUCCCCCGCCUCGUCAAGGUGCUGAAGACGGUCCGCCACUACGAACUUGUAUCCCACACCACCCUCGCCGCUGCGGAAGCAUCUCUUCGGGAUGAGAUUAGCCCUUACAUCUCCUUGCUGCUCUCGCGGGCCGAUGCGCAAACGGAGCGGCAGGAGCGCCGCAUCGAGACGCUCAAGGCUCGAGCUGGGCUGCAGCAAGGCCGGCUGGCGCGACCCGCCGGUCAGGAGGCUGCGAGGAGCGCCGCGCAGAAGCUCAAGGCUCGGAAGCUUCACGGAGAGGACAAGCUCCGCGCCAAAGCUGUGCGGCAACGGAGAGAUGCCCUGCGGUAUGGCGUGGAGAGGCUGGAGUUGGAGGUUCUUCAGAAGGAAAGAGAAUUGAGAAAGCGGCUUGAAAUCUAA